AUACCAUACCUGACUUGUUCUCAACCUAGCUAGUUCUCUUUCUCACACACCACAAACCCUCACUACUCUUCUUAACUCUUAAACAGUCUCUCUCUCUCUCUCACACACACACACAUAUCUGCCUUAAAUAAAAAAAAGCCCGUCACUCCAAUUCCAUAUUAACCAAGCUCCAAAUAAUGUCUCUUCAAUGGUUAAGCUUGUUAGGUUGUAUAUGGCUUCAAUCCAUAAAUGGGACCAACUCUAACUUCCCUGCAUACUCAUCUCAGCUGAAGCACCUCCUCCAUAUUUCCCAGCUCCAACUCAACAACCUCGCUUUUGCCUCCGACGCCGGGAAGCUCUUCGGCUGGUUCGCAGGCUUUGCAGCCAUUCACUUGCCCCUCUGGGUUGUCCUAAUGAUUGGUUCAUUACUAGGGUUCAUUGGUUAUGGAGUGCAAUACCUCUUCCUAAUAAACCAGCUCACUCUAUCUUAUGGCCAUGUCUUGUUACUAACUGCUUUGGCUGGAAACAGCAUUUGUUGGAUUAACACAGUUUCUUACAUUGUCACCAUUCAAAACUUCCCGUUGGACCGGCAACUCGCCGUGGGGUUAUCAACUAGCUAUCAAGGAUUAAGUGCUAAGAUAUAUACAGCUAUUGUCGAUGCUCUAUUUCUUUCUUCACCCAUGGAAAAAGCCAAGGCCUAUCUUCUCUUGAACUCCAUUUCGCCUUUGAUAGUUUGUGGUGUGACUUCACCAGUAGUUAAGAAUAUGAAAGUUGGGAAGUCGAAAAAAAUAGAAGCUGGUUUCAUUGUAAUGUUUGUGAUCACCAUAGCCACAGGAACAUUUGCGGUGGUCAGCAGUUUGGAUUCGGGAUCAAGUGGGCUGUCGCCGUUGAGGGUUGUUAUAGUUUUGGCGUUGUUUCUAGUAGCUCCGGUUGUGAUUCAGGUGGCCGAACAAUUCAUGGAAAGAUUACAGAAGAAAUGCUUGAUUAGAAGGGAGGGAAGAGUGUGUGAUUAUAAUAUAGAAGAAGUUGAUAGUGUGGAAAGAGUAGAGAAUGGGGUGAAAUUAGAUGAAGAGGGUAACUUGGGUAGUAAGAAUAGAGAAGCCCAUGAUCAGGGCAGUGUGAUGGAGGAGAUUGGAGUGAAGGUGAUGCUGAAGAGGGUUGAAUUUUGGUUGUAUUUCUUUGUGUAUCUUUUUGGUGCAACACUAGGGUUGGUGUUUCUCAAUAACUUGGGACAAAUAGCUGAGUCUCGUGGGUACUCCAAGACUUCUUAUCUGGUCUCAUUGUCGUCUUCAUUUGGCUUCUUUGGUCGCCUCAUCCCCUCUCUUGUGGACUACUUUUUGUCAAGGAGUAAAUAUAUGAUCUCAAGACCAGCAUCCAUUGCAGCUAUGAUGGCCCCAAUGUCAGGAGCAUUCUUCUUGCUUCUCAGCAGAACCAACAUGUCUCUCUACUUGGGUACCGCCAUUAUAGGUAUAUGUACUGGUGCUAUAACUUCUCUCUCCAUCUCCACAACCACAGAGCUAUUUGGGAUACAAAAUUUCAGUGUGAAUCACAACAUUGUAGUGGCCAACAUCCCAAUAGGGUCUUUUCUAUUUGGUGACUUGGCAGCUCUUCUUUACCGCAAAGAAAGUCAUGAAAGAGAUGGGAGAUGCAUGGGUGUGGAAUGCUACCAAACAACUUUCAUCAUAUGGGGCUCACUUUGUUUUCUUGGAACAUUACUAGCUUUGGUCCUUCAUGCAAGAACCAAGAAGUUUUACUCACAUAGAUUUUAAGCACAUAUAAUAACAUCACACCUUUUUUUUAAUAUAUAUAUAUAUGUAUAUUAUAAACGUGGGUUGAGAGGUGAAACGGGUAUUUUUAUACCCCUUGACUCGACACGUCUUAAUCUGUAAGUCACGAUUAUCGAAUAAAUCUAAAAAAGCAUGUAGAGGAUAAACACAUCUACUUAUGAGAUCGAUGUGAUAUUAGAUGGACUAUUUUACCUCUUAAUUACGAUUGUAAUUGCUUAUACUUAUAAUAGGAGAAAGUGGUGUUGUUA